CACUGGAUGGGGAGAAGUUUCUGCUUGAAAGUGGAGCCCAAAAAGCUGUUAGCUUUGAAAUCAGCACGUGAAGUUUUUGGCUUAGUGGUAAAUAAUAUUACUACAGUGACUGUGUCAUCGUGAUUGAACCGUGGAGGCAAUCCUGUACAUCCAACCGAAAUGCAUUUAACUGGAAAUAAAUUGAGCUGGAGCUCUGAAACCAACGACUAUAGUACGAAAGAAGAACUAGUGGAUUUUAGCGGGAAAGGACUCAAAUUAGACACGGAAGCCGACGCCCAACCUAUUGUAGAUGCAAUUUAUGCUGCAAAAAGCUUAACAGGGCUCAUUCUUGAAGGAAACACUCUCGGAGUAGAAGCAGCCAAAUCCAUAGCCAAAGCUCUUGAAUCAAAGCCAACAUUCCAAAGGGCACUGUGGAAGGAUGCAUUCACAGGCCGCUUAAAAGAUGAAAUUCCAAAAGCUUUGAGCUUCUUAGGAGGUGGACUCAUUUUGGCCAAAGCAAACUUGGUUGAACUAGACUUGAGUGAUAAUGCACUAGGCCCAGUUGGCAUGGAAGGUCUGGUGCAGUUUUUGAAAAGCCCUGUCUGUUACUCUCUGAAGUGUAUAAGACUCAACAAUAAUGGCCUUGGAAUUUAUGGAGGACGGAUGCUUGCCCAAGCUUUAAAGGACUGUCUGAAAGCAAGUAAAGAUGCUGGCUCACCGUUGACUCUGAAAACAUUCAUUGUUGGAAGAAAUCGCCUAGAGAACGAGGGAGCAAUUGCCCUCUCAGAAUUUUUUAAGGCUGUAGGGACCUUGGAAGAGGUGCAGAUGCCGCAAAAUUUUAUUAGACAUCCUGGUAUUUCUGCCUUGGCCAGUGCACUUGUUUACAACCCUGACCUGAAAAUCCUCAAUUUGAACGAUAACACAUUCACUUGGCGAGGAUCACAAGCUGUUGCGGACGCUCUUCCGAAAUGGCAGCAACUAUCCGUGAUCAAUUUCGGCGAUUGUUUAAUACGUACCAAAGGAGCAGAAUUCCUGGCCAAGGCCCUGUCUAGUGGGCACGAGCAUCUUAAGGAAGUGUAUAUGGAUCAUGGCGAAAUUAAUUUGUCUGGAGCCAAGCAAUUGGCUUAUUCACUGAAAAACAAAAAAAUUCUUGCAAUAUGCGAUCUAAAUGGCAACCAAUUUGGCGAAGAUGGAUGUCAGGAACUUAAAGAUAUUUUUAAUGCCUUUGGUGAUAAAAAAGUUCUGCAGAGUUUAAGUGAUGAUGAAGGUGAACCAAGCAGUGAAGAAGAAGAAAGUGAAGAGGAGGAGGAGAGUGACGAAGAACAUGAAGAAAAAACGGAUAUCCACGACAAAAACAGGAUGGUCGAGCACAUCCCAACGCAUGAUGCUAUGCAGCAGCUUAAUACUAACCUGGCACAUCUCACCGCAAACGAAAAUAUUCCGUUGACUGUGGAAGCCUUUCUUAAUGCACCUACUUCGGCCCGCUUUUACGGCUUAGGCGACCAAAAGAUACUGUUGAUUCUUCAGCAUAUCGACCGUGUAAUAGCUACCAAACCGGCUGAAAUUUUUGAUGUCUACGCUGAGGUCAUAAUGAAACUGAGCUCAACUGUUAAUCCGAGAUCAGAAAAACAGUUACUUGAAGAAGUUCAGCAGUUAGUGGAAAAAAUAUUAAAAAUGGCGUUUGAAAAAGCUAAGACUACAGAGAAAAUGGCCAUAUGUAACAAUACAUUCUUCAUUUACAUGGGUCUUUUAAAGAGUGAGGAUAAAAGAUUUCGGCCAUCAUGGCCAUUAAGUGGAUUUUUCCUCAUUCUGGAACGCAUCAUCACAACCAAUCCCAGCUGCAUUCCGCUCAGUACCAUUCAGUCGCUGGAAACCUUCUUUUCGAGGCCUCACCAGGCGUUCGAUAUAUACAAAGAAGAAACGGUAAAGUUAAGGAAGGCUCUGAAUAAGCCCUAAAGAUGAAGAGGCAUUCUUAAUCAUUUGCUAUAUUUGAAUAUGUUUCACUUCAACUAUCUUAAACAACAUUUUAUUUCUUUCCCUCAUUCUCGA